AGACUGGUGUUUAGUUAUGCAUUCUGAUGGACUGUCGGGAAGGCAAAAUGUCUCUGAUAGGCGCUUACCAUUUCCCAGAACUUUCUGAACAGACCAGUUCAGUUGUAAAGAGAGUUCCACAGUUAAUCCGUAAUAUCCAGACUAGUCUUUUCCUCAAUUGCUUGACGAUCUCUCAAAAUUUACACCUUAGAAUUUGACAAAAUUUGACAGAAUUCCUUAUAAUAUGUCACUUCAGACAAUAAAAAUCUACGAUGCGAAGAACUGCGAUGUCAAAGACGUCUUUGGAUUUUGGGUUUCUCUGCGACGUCAAUCAAAAUAGUUGCGUUUUUCGCUGCUGUCAAUCAUUUAAGCGGACCACUUAGGAGACAGAAGUUUACUUCAACCGUUCAACGGGUUCAAAAGGUCAUGGUUUGUGAUUUGUAAUUGGUGGCUUUCGAUCCGUUUUGUGUUUCAAGGUUCGCUGCUUUUGAACUUCAGAGUUCGUGUGUUUUCAAGUUUUAGCUCUCACGUUUUUUUACCUUCUUACUAAAACAUGGCAAGUUUAGAUUCCCAAGGUGAAAUUGUUUCUAUAGAGCUUCCAAAUCCAGAGGAAACACAGAUAUGGGAGGGUGAAAACGAAUCGUACGUCCCCGCCAACAUUUGAUUUUACAGCUUCUGCUUGUUAUUGACGCCUUUAUUUGAUAAGCAAGGACUGGAUGCUAUGGUAACGGUUUGAUUGACGUCGAAGAAAAACCCAGAAUCCUAAAACGUUUUUGACAACGUAGGUCGGGUGUCCUCCGGAACAGCUUUAAGUGUAGCUUUAGGAAGCUGUAAAUUCUCGUUAAACGAAGCACUGAUGGUGAGAAGGAGGGGUGGGGUGGGGGUGUAAAAUGAGCGCACCGGCGGCCUCAUUUUAUCAGCCUAAUGAGUAGUGUUACGAGUUACCGACGUGAAUUAAGGACCUUCACGUUUGCCUUUUACCGUAAAUUAAACUGUGGUUUUGGCUAGUUAAACCAAUAAUAACUCUCACUCCUUCUUGUCUUUAUUUUUAUUUAAGGAAACAGAAAGUAGCAUUCUUGAAGCAGAGCCUCUGGUUGGCACUGGAGUGGGCGCUGCCCUGUUUCUCGCAUCUAAAAAAGGUAACUGCAUCGCAACAUUUGGGAUCGUAAUACGUUUCUGGGAAACUGCCCACCCGCCCCUCCCCUAAGCCAACACUUACUUCUUACUUAGGGCAAAAUGUUGGCUUAGGGGAGGGGUAGGUGGGCAGUUUCCCAGAAUCGUAUAAUGAUCUAAGGCUCUUUGCGCUUCCCCCACUAGAGACCAUUCUUUUCACUUUAAAAUUUUGAGCCGGCGAAGAAAUCAGUCUAGACUGUGAUAUUUUUGCCGGACUAUCUAAAGUAAAAUGUUUUAACAGCACGGUUUUUUUACAUAACGAAUAGCCCACGUUGGAUAUAUUAAAACUCUAACAUGGCUCCGAGGCUCUCUGGUCAUUUUUCUAUAUUUGGUUUGGUUUUCUUUGUGCUCAAGUCUCUUUUGGGAAUCGCGAGACAAUGGAGUCUUGGAAAAUUUCAAUUUUGACCCUUAAGCCUCGGAAUCAUGUUAGAAUUUUAUUAUAUCGAACGUGGGCUAUUCUUGUUUGUAAUGUGCUUUUCGACUUUUCAUUCAGGUGAUCCAUUAUUCGUUCACUUCUCCUACGGAAUACGAGUCGAUACUACAGGAAAAAAUUUGGCGUGAUUAGAGGAUUAGCUCGCGAUGUCGCACGAAGAAACUAACGCUCUCGUGUUGAAAUUCAUUUAGGUUUAUUGGAACAAACAACUAAAACCAAGAAUGAAGGCAAAGCUCUUCCGUUCCUACCAUCUGUCGGUGUUGUGGAUGAAGAAAAGAUGCGGUGAGUCUUAAAGCUCCCUUUGAAAUUUGCCUCAGCUUAAACUUUGGACAAUUUUUUAAGUGCGUCCCAGUGUCGGUUAUUAGUCGUUAUUAGUCGCUGAGGUUAGUUGUGGAGGUUGACUACUUAUCAUCGUAAUUAAUAGACACUGACCUCAUUUAUGAGCUACACGCUCUGGAAAACGAGUCUUAGAAUUUUUGCUUCUGGACUUUCAAUGAAUAAACCAAUCAACUGCAGUCAAUCAGUCGGCCAUUCAACCAACAAGUCAGUUAGAGAGGGCGUUAGUCCGUCAAUAACCAAAUUUUAGCGAAUUACUCUUUACUAGAAGAAACGUUUCAAUGAACAUUAACAAGUUAAAUGCUGGAUAUGCGCGCGAAUAUUUUUUAAGUCUGUCUGAUUUUCACUUUCUUUUUUUUCUCUCUUGCAGCGAGGAAGAAAGAGAACGAGGUGGACGACCGCCUAGGUAAAUAUUUUCUUUUUAUUAUUCAACUAUAAUAGACCAAUUGACCGAUACGGCGACCAUACUGAAGUUAUUAGAUUUAACGAGUAUUAUGGGAUACCCAGGAGGCAUGAGCACUAUCCGAUAUCCUGGCUCAGUAUCUACGCGCGCUUUUCUGGCCAAUUGUUUUAUAAGUUUUCCUAGAUUGUAAUGGGAAAAAAACAUCGUUGUGUCGUGUUUGGAUCUAAUAAUGAUCGCCUUUUUCCCGAGAAAUAUACACUGAAGUUCUUUUUUUGCCCGAAAAGCGCGCGUAAACACUAAGCGAGUGCCCCCUGGGCAUCCCAUAAUACUCCUUAAAUCUAAUAAAUUCAAGAUGGCCGACGUAGCGGAAAAAAGGUCUAUUAGUGUGUUUUUCUUCCUACGUUCUUGCGAGAAGCAAAAAGGAAACAGAUGUUGACCGUCCUUUUUUUUUUCAGGGAUUUUGACAGGGACCGCGAUAGAGACCGUGACAGAGACAGGUGAGUGGGUAACCUUUAAUUUAACUCUUCAGCUUCCGAAAGUGUUUAAAAAAGCAACGCUCCAACAUUUGAAAAUUCUAGUCUGUGAGAUCGUGAAUGUGAAAAAACUGCUCAGUAGCUUUCACCUGAAUGGCAACGCUUUAGGAUUUCACCCACACGUUCAGAAGUUAGAUCCACCUCACAGGAAAGUACUGCCCAGUGUCGUAAAUCGCGUGUUUACAUAUGUAAUCAAACCUCAUAUCGCAUAUAGAAUUUGAUUGUUAAGUGACCGGAAAGAGAUAGGCAUCGAAUCUGCCAAAUCAAAGGAAACAUAAAACGAAUCGCUUUAUCUUUCGUUGAAAAAAUUAUCAGGAGUUGUGUUGUAAUAAAACCGGGGAUGCUGUGAGUGAAGAAUAUAUGUUUAAAACCUUACAUCGUGAGUGAGUGAUUUAGGACCGUUUAGCGCGAGUUUAUCGGGACAACAGUGUGUUGCAAGCAAAUAUCCCAUUCCCAACACAAAGUGGCACCUCCGACGGGACUGAACAGAGGGAAAACAAACAGAUCUGACGCCGGGAUUUUACAAUGGAGAAACUUACCACGGAUCUAGACACACAACUACAAUUGCUCAACUUCACAAGGGAUAAGAGUGAAGGAAUCACCGCAAAGGGAAAUGUGGAAGCUGUGGACCGCCAACUUCAGUCCUUGAGAUCUAUCGUAACGAAGGUGGAAGAUUUUAAGCUUCAAAUCGAGCAAGCGAAAAUCGCGAACGGAGAGAAACUUGAAGACGUGUCAGAAUGGAGCCUCACAGUUGAAGCCGCCCAAACAUCUGCUGAUGAGAACAUCGCGUACUUGCGGAAAUGGUUAACAGAAUACAAGCAAAGAGAACGCCUUUCGGAAAAUGAGGGUCAACAAGCCUUUCUGGAGCAGUCAAGAAAGGAUCAGCUUGAGUUUGAACGAACGCAACUGGAGAUGAGGCUGACAUAUGAGAAGAAGAUCGAGGAGACAAAAGCAAACCAUUCGAAGACCACGGAGCCGACCUCAAAUCAAGCAGCGAAGACCGCCAAACUUCCUAAGCUCGUCAUUACAAAGUUUAGAGGUGAACUAACGGAUUGGCCACGGUUCUGGAGUCAAUUUGAAACCGAGAUUGACAAGGCAGAAAUAGCUGGCGUGACAAAGUACUCAUACCUAAAGGAACUCGUAGACCCGAAGAUACGAGCGGAAAUAGACGGCUUGCCCUUCUCAGUAGAGGGAUACGAGCGUGCGAAGAACAUCCUGGCAAGGAAGUAUGGACAAACAAGCGAGGUCGUGAACGCGUACGUGGAAAACAUCAUGUCCUUGCCUACAAUUGGAGGAACACAGCCAGCCAGAAUCCAUGAUUUCUACGAGAAGCUUCUUUUCAAUGUGCAAUCAUUGGAAACAAUGGGAAAACUGCGAGAGGUGAAUGGAUACGUGCGGAUGACUAUUGACAAGCUGCCGGGGAUAAGAGGGGAUCUUGUGCGAACAGACGACUCUUGGCGAGAGUGGAAUUUUCCAAGGUUAGUGGAUGAGCUUCGAAAAUGGACAGAAAGAAACCCGAUCCAAUCCAAGCAAAGCGAUAAGCCCUGGCGUGUCGACAAACCCUGGCGUGACAAGAAUUUCCAAGUCCAACAGCAGAGAGAUGGCAAAAAUCGGGGAUGCGUUUAUUGCGAAAGCCAAGAUCACAGAUCGGUCGACUGCAAAACGGUAGCCAGCCUCGACGAUCGCAAAAGGAUGCUUAGCAACAAACGCCUUUGUUUCAAUUGCACCGGAGGCAAACACAGGGCUGAAGAUUGCAAAAGCCGUUCCAUGUGCCAGAUUUGUAAGAGAAGGCAUCACACGUCCAUCUGCAACAGCGUCAGUAACCAGUUAAUGACAGCGACUUCAACGCAAAGACCAACUGUGAUCUAUCCAGUCGUCGUAGUGGAAGUGAUGGGAGUUAAGUGUCGUGCGUUACUAGACACCGGCGCCGGAAGUUCCUACGCUUCAGCAGCGUUACUUGAUCACAUAAAGAUUCGCCCUCAUCAACGAGAAGUACGACAGAUCGAAAUGAUGAUGGGAGUAGUCACUAAGCCGGUGGAAAUCUUCAAAGUGCAAAUAAGUUCACUGCAGAGCGAUUUCAUCCUUGAAACGGACGUGACUAAGGUGAAUAAGGCACAGCUUUUAUCCCUGGAAAACCCUCGCUACCGGCAAGUCCUGGAAAGGUACGACCACUUGAAGGGAGUGAAGAUGGACGAUAUGGACCCAAAGGAUUACCUUCCGGUGCACCUUAUCUUGGGAGUGUGUGACUAUACUAAGAUCAAGACUGUAACAGCACCUCUUAUUGGAGCCGCAAACGAGCCUAUUGCCGAGAAAACUAAGUUCGGAUGGACCAUUAUUUCACCGGGCAAAGAAGUGGAUCUGUCUCCCAUGUUCCUGACGCAGACAUCAACGGUAGAUUACGACAACUUGUGCAGACUGGACGUGCUUGGACUGGCAGAUUGUGCAACUGGUGACCAAGACGAGGUGUAUUCAGAGUUCAAAGAGCAACUAAGACGAGAUGAUGAGGGUUGGUACGAAACUAGCCUACCAUGGAAAGGGAACCACGCACCUUUACCAACCAACGAAGCAGGAAGUCUUCGCAGAUUAACAGGCCUCGUAAAGAAGCUGCGUGGCCAAGGAAUGAUAGAACGUUACGAUCAAGUAAUCCAAGACCAAAUCAAGACCGGGAUAGUCGAGAGAGUUAGCACACCCGCAACUGGGCAGCACGAAUUCUACAUUCCUCACAAGGCAGUGGUACGCGACACAGCAGAAACCACUAAGCUUCGAGUGGUCUAUGACGCGUCAGCACGGGCCUACUCUGGUGCACCCUCGUUAAAUGAGUGUCUGAAUCCUGGACCACCUCUUCAAAACAAACUCUGGAGUGUCCUAGUUCGUUCUCGAUUUCAUCCAAUAGCAGUCGCAGGAGACAUUAAGCAAGCUUUCCUUCAAGUACGAAUCAAGGAGCCAGACCGUGAUGCGCUGCGAUUUCAUUGGUUAAAGGACCCAAGCAGUCAAACAGUGGAGACGUUGAGGUUUACAAGAGCCCUCUUCGGUCUCACAUCAUCGCCAUUCCUCCUGGGAGGCGUGAUUCAGCACCUGUUGGAGAGUUGCAGACAAGACCACCCGGACAUUGUCAGCGAGAUAGAACGCAGCUUAUACGUCGACGACCUCAUCAGUGGUGGCCCUACCUGUGAAAAGGCAAAGGAAAUCAAAUCAGCUUCUCAGGAAGUAUUCGCCAAGGGCACCUUCGAGUUGCAUAAAUGGCAUUCGAAUGUGAGAGAGUUGGAAUCGGCCGCCUCUGAACCAGCCGCUUCUGAACCAGUCUCGAUUGAGGAAGAAACGUAUGCAAAGGAGCAGUUAAACGUCCCCAGAAGAGAAGGAGCUACCCUGCUUGGUUUGCCAUGGGACAAAGCAAACGAUACCAUCGGAGUAAGUUUUCCACAAGAAAAAGCUGAUCCCAGCAAGCGGGGAAUCUUAAGCAAAGUGGCACGGAUCUAUGACCCACUGGGAUUGGCCUCUCCUAUCUCAUUAGGCGGUAAGCUCCUCUACCGUGACGUGUGUGAUGCCAAGCUAAACUGGGAUUCAAAGCUACCAGGCGAUAUGAUGCAGAGUUGGAUACGAUGGGAGAAGCGACUUCCCGUGCAGCUUACAGUUCCGAGAUCUUUAGCAGCCCAUCAAGAGGACAUUCAGUCAAUAGAGUUGCACGCAUUUGGUGAUGCCAGUGGGAAGGGCGUGGCCGCGGCUGUGUAUGCUGUAGUCAAUCAAGAGUCGGGCUCAAAUCAAGGGCUCGUGGCAGCGAGAGCGAGACUCUCCAAAAGGGGACUGACGAUCCCUCGGCUAGAGUUGGUGUCCGGACAUAUGGCAGUGAAUCUCUUGGUAAACGUGGCCUCCGCCCUGGACGGAUUUCCCCUUACCGAAAAGUACUGCUGGCUCGAUAGCACCGUUGCCCUGCACUGGAUCAGAUCCCCAGGCACAUAUAAGCAGUUUGUGAGUAACAGAGUCGAGAAAAUACAAGCACAUUCAGGCGUGACUUGGCGGCACGUAGGGACCUUGGAGAACCCUGCUGACCUUGGAAGCCGUGGUGGAGAAGUGAAAAACCAUCCCUCUUGGAGCAAUGGGCCGAAGUGGUUGAAGAACAAAGCGAUCUGGCCUCCAGACAUUGUGACUAAGGCAUCAGAGGAAUCAAUGGCAGAAGUGAAAGCAACAAGAGAUGUUUUUGCUGUGGCGAUAGCAACUACAGAUGAGCUAGACAACCUUCUUGAGAAGUUUACCUACUGGAGGACAAUGAGAAUCUGUGCGUGGAUAAUGCGGUUCGUUCACAACGCUCGUUCAGAGAAGAUACAAAGACACGAAGGACCGCUGACAACUGAAGAAACUAACAAAGCGACAAUCUUCUGGGUGAAAAGAGUCCAGACCAGAGCCACAGCAGACAAGCAUUACGAAGAAGAUCGGUUGCAACUGAAUCUGCAACCUAACCAAGACGGCGUGUUAGAAUGUCGAGGCCGAAUACAAGGGCAUUAUCCGGUGUAUUUGCCCGAGAGUCAGCGCUUCACAGAGAAGCUCGUAACACAAGUACACCUUGGGACGCUCCACGGGGAGUCGUCAGUACCAUGGCAAAGGUACGAGAGCUGUACUGGGUUCCGCGCCUCAGAAGAUUGACAAAAGGAAUCGUGAAGAGUUGCCACGGCUGUCGGCGGUUUCAAGCCCAAGCGUUCUCGUCCCCACCCCAAGGCGACCUGCCAAAGGAUCGGACAGAAGGUUCUUCACCCUUUCAAGUUGUUGGAGUGGAUUACGCGGGACCCAUUAAGUAUCGUAUAAGCAAGAACAGAGAGGGCAAGGCGUACAUCGUUCUGUACGCUUGCAGCCUGACCCGCGCCGUGUACCUCGAGCCGACCAGAACCUUGGAGACGGAAGAGUUUAUCGGAACUCUCAAGCGUCUCAUCGCCAGGAAAGGUCGCCCGGAGAAGAUAUACUCCGACAACGGGAAAACAUUUGUGGGAGCAGCAAAAUGGCUGAACAAGGUGAUGAAGGAUGAACGUCUACACGACUUCCUUGCCAAGAUAAACGUGAAGUGGCAAUUCAACUUGUCCAGAGCACCCUGGUGGGGUGGACAAUUUGAGACUGGUGGGACUCGUGAAGCGAGUUUUCUACAAGACAGUGGGAAACGGAACGCUCACCUGGGACGAGCUACAAGACGUCCUGCUUGACGUCGAGGUGACGCUCAACAACCGACCGUUGAGCUACCUAGAGGAAGACAUUCAGCUACCCAUCCUGACCCCGAGCACCUUCCUUUAUGGUCAACCGAACAUGCUUCCAGAGUUAGAACCUCAUCACGUCCAGGAACACGACCUGCGGAAGAGAGCUAAAUAUUUGAGGAAGUGCAAGGAUACACUAUGGUCACGCUGGACAAGAGAGUACCUCCGCGGACUGAGAGAGAGACACCGGCUGAAGCACAAGGGAGACACGACCUAUCCAUCCAAGGGAGAAGUCGUCAUCAUCAAAUCAGAAGAGAAGAAUCGAGCACAGUGGAAGUUGGGAGUCGUAGAAGACCUAAUCACCGGCCGUGAUGGCGUGAUUCGUGGGGCAAAGCUGAAAACUGGAAAGUCACGCCUGGAGCGCCCAAUACAGCAUCUGUACCCUCUAGAGCUGAGUUGUGACAUGCCGAUGCAGAACCCACCGGAGCCGCUGAAUCCAAUGGCGCCAAUCUACAGGCCGCAAAGGGAUGCCGCAGCAGCAGCCAGAGUUCGUAUCCAGGAUAUGAACGAGGACGAACAAUGAACUGAACAAUGCAUAAAUUUAAGAACCCCAGGAACUAUGAACAUUACGAGUGAACUUUUAUAUUUUUGAGCAUUUCAUGCCAGAUGGCACAUUGAUUUAAAAACUCUAAUAUUUGUUAUGUUAUGAUGCUGCUUGGUCAACAGACUGCAGUUCGAGACUCUUAAAUUCAACGACUGAUUUUCUAUCUGUUGAUUAAGUUCUGGACAUUUGCUCUCUCGAAGCAAAUGGGGGAGGGUGUCGUAAAUCGCGUGUUUACAUAUGUAAUCAAACCUCAUAUCGCAUAUAGAAUUUGAUUGUUAAGUGACCGGAAAGAGAUAGGCAUCGAAUCUGCCAAAUCAAAGGAAACAUAAAACGAAUCGCUUUAUCUUUCGUUGAAAAAAUUAUCAGGAGUUGUGUUGUAAUAAAACCGGGGAUGCUGUGAGUGAAGAAUAUAUGUUUAAAACCUUACAUCGUGAGUGAGUGAUUUAGGACCGUUUAGCGCGAGUUUAUCGGGACAACAGUGUGUUGCAAGCAAAUAUCCCAUUCCCAACACAGUAGCUUUCAUUUGAAUGGUCCCACUUUAGGAUUUCAUUCACAGACUCAAAAGUUAGAAACACCUUGUACAGCGUAAUAAACAGUAGCACAGAAAAGUACUGCUCAGAAGCUUUCAUUUGAAUGGUCACACUUUAGGAUUUCAUCCACAGACUCAAAAUUUAGAACCACCUUGUACAGCAUAAUAAACAGUACCACAGGAAAGUACUGCUUAGUAGCUUUCAUUUGAAUGGUAACACUUAGGAUUUCACCCAUAGGUACAAAAAAUAGAACCACUUAUACCGAAUAAUUAACAGUGCCACAGGAAAGUAUUUCUUAUUAACGUUCAUCUAAUUGUUCACUGGCAACAAACGACUCCUUCCAAAGACUCAAAAGUUGCUGCUAACUAUCCCUCUGCCCGGUUCUUAAUUCGCCUCGACUCGUUAUCACAGAAACCAAAAACGUAUAGCCACCGAUUAGUAGUCUUUCAAACGAUACUAUUUACACUUGAUCAGAGCAAGGAGGUGAAAACGCUUGAGAUCUAGGCAGUAUAUCCCAGUGGCGGAUCCAAAAAAGGGGCCCGGGGGGCCGCCCCCUCCUUAUUUUUAGACCAAACUGAGGCCCAAAGGGCCAAAAAAAAUUUUUUUGAGAUCGCCCGCCCCCUAUCUCAGGGUCUGGAUGAUCGGGUUUCCCCCUCCGUCCCCCUCCCAUCUGAAGGUAUGGAUCUGCCACUAUAUGCCUUAUCCCGAUAACCUGAAAUACUGCCGCUUUAGAGGCUUGGCCGUUUCUGGCCAAACUAUCAACAUAAAAAAUGUAUGACUGUUAAUGAAAGCAAAUAAAUCCUGCUUGAAUUGUUUUGGUAGUAAGACAAACGAAGCCGCAUCGAAGAAGAUAGUUAAAUAUUAUUUACUGACUAUGAUUGGUGAUGAUCCCUGUUUUGGCUUUGUUAGAUACGGUGGUGGAUCCAGGAACAAACAGGAUUACAAGCCUGAUAUAAAACUGGAGUACUAUGAUGACAAUGGCCGCUUUCUUUCACCUAAAGAGGUACUCACAGUAUGUAGUAAGAACUAAGGCACACUCGCGCGGCUUUGAAUACUUUGGCUUCUGGCUUUGGCUUCUUCUGACUUAAGCUUCUGAUCCGUUAGAGAAUCCACGCAAGGGCGAGUUACUGUUUGUGAUUAGUUAAGCGGACGGAGAUAAGCACUCUUGGCUUUGAUUGGCUUAGUGAAUGAACUCAGAUCAGCUGACUUUUGAUUGGUGACUUUGGAAAUUCGGAAUUAAGACGUAGAAGGUAGCGCAUAACGUGUUGAUGACAAAUGCGUCCUGCACAUGUUCUAUCUUUCAGGCUUUCCGUUUUUUGUCACAUAAGUUCCAUGGAAAAGCGUCCGGCAAAACUAAGACAGAAAAAAGGAAUAAGAAGCGGCAAGACGAAGUGGUAAGUACAUAACAGUAUUAAAUUACAUUAUACCAACAUUGAAAGUCAUUGCUUCAACAUGGAAAAUUUUAAAAGACGAAGUGGUAAAUGCAUAACAAUAUUAAAUUACAUUAUACCAACAUUGAACGUCAUUGCUCCAACAUUGUAAAUUUCAAGAGACGUAAACAGCGCCACCACAAAGUUACACUGUGGGAUUCUCAUUCUAAGGCAAAAAGAAAAUCGGCAUUAGCUUGUUCAGCGCAGUAAACAUUACAAGGGGGACACCAUCAAACUGGUUUUUUCGAGUGCGAGCAUCGGUUUAUUGAUAAACCAAUGCCAAGCCCAGGGCUAUUGGGCAUGGGUUUGAAAUUGUAUCCUGAGCAACAUGCAGCGCAGUGCCAAGUCUUUCUCGAGUCAGUGAAAGAAAGGCUGUUCUGGCAGGGUAGUCAUGGGUCAGACUGCUGUUAUAAUACCGAAACUCAAGCUAUACAAUUAGUCCGAGACUGAGUCAAUCAGUCAGUCUUAGGGCCCUUUCCAUUUGUCAGAACUGACCGGCUGGACCAUUCACAUUGUAAUGAGAAAUUCACUAUAAAUCAAAACCAUCCAGCCAGAUCAGUAAAAUCCUAAGUAGUAUGCAAGAAAGAGGUCUUUUGUUCAGCAAAACUUUUGGAAAAAGCCUAUUUCAUUGUUAAAAUGACAGGUCCGGCAAUAGUCGGGCCGGCCAGCUCUGACUUUUGGAAAGCGCCCUUAGUUCACAUAACUAAGCUUGUGUGCCUGCCUUUUCUAGGCGCUUCAGAAGAUGAACUCAGGAGACACGCCUCUCAACACCACCGCCCUUCUCAUAGAAAAACAGAAAACCGCGCAGUCGCCUUUCGUCAUACUUAGCGGAGCAGGACAAACUUUCUCCACAGGGUGGGUGAAAAGUUUAAUUGCCGUACUCUAAAACUGAUUGUGUUAUCCUCGCAAGGCAAACUUAGCCGUUAAAGAUUAAAAGGCUUAAAUUUAAAGCAUCUCUAGAGGAACUGUGUUCAUCCACCUGUCUCCUCCCCGGGGCCUCGUUUUUCGCACAGAAGCGAGCGCGAAACGCGAGUGACGCGAGAGUGACUGGUGACGAAGCGCAAGGGACCAUGGGAAGGAGAAAGAAAAGAGGCCAGCAAAUUUUCAUCGAGAGAGAGACGUCUGAGUACGAGGCAGGUUCAGUUCAGUCACCAUAAUUAAUUAUAACGCUUUGGUGUUGGGGGUAGGGGGGGUAUUGAAGAGAUCGUUACGAUAUUCAGUCUGAUGUAGUACUCUACUCUACUCAUCAGUACCCUUUGUUAGAAUUUUUCCCAACAAAAGUGUUGAAUCUCUACUACAUCUGUGUAAUUUGCUCUUGCUUAUGAUUGUCUCUUGUGUAAACUAAGCCUUAGUCGGCUUCGACCUAACGAUUCUUCAUCUUUUACAUUUUCUUUCAGGACGACAAUCUCGAAAAGGAAGUAACAAUCUGUUGCUCGAUACUCAUUCUGUGUAUUGCAAUACAGUUGGGUUCUUAGUUGUCGCAACUAGUUGCCAGCAAGAUCAUAGUUAAUAACUAUGGCAAGAUGAAAGAUAAAACAGUAGUACCUGUUAUCUUGCUAUAAAUCUCUGCAUUUUAAUUAAUUAGACUUAAUAUUAUUAAUGAACGUAUGUAAAAUUGUCCUGUGCUUUUUUUUAUUAAAGUGGAUUUGUUACUUAACACGGUAACGUUACACAGGACGAGUAGUGUCACGAAUAUUGUACUCUUAAUGGCUUUGCAAAUACAGUAGCAAGGCCAAGCACGCGAGAAAGUGCUGGCCUUGAACGUGUCCUUUGUGUCACACUGUCUAAACCUUUGUGAUGUUCAUUAACGUAAAUUGUUGCUGCAGUUUGUUUUAGUUUAUUGCGCUCCAUUUUUUCUACUGAUUCUUCGAAAAUUUAGGGAGUGGUAAAAUUGAAGUUCAGAACUAAAACUUAUAAUGGCAUGAAAAACUGAACAGUCGACGUUGUGGCGCCGUGAAACGACAGUCUGUUUUCCCAGGCUACUGUGAAAAUUUCGCCGUUUUAUUUCUAGAAAUUCUGAAAAACAAAUAUGACCACGCGUUAGUUCUAACAACCGUUUCAUGUGGUUGACACUUUUCGGCACACAUUUCUUUGACGUCCACUUCACGACCACGAAGACAAACUUCUUAAUUUGACGUUUUAUUGAGGACGUGGACACACACGACGACGAAUUUUCCUUUUUCUUUCUAAACUUGUAUGGCAUUCUUAGGAAUUCAAGUCAGGAAAGUUCGCUCACCUAGAAAUGAGAGAGGCUAAAUUAAGGCCGAAGAACUUGAAUGAACGCAAUUUCGUUUAUUUAGAUGACGUUUUCACGGCCGUCUUUGUCGUGGUAGCUUGAGCUCCGUAAUAAACAACACCUCGAGGAGGAACUUCCACAAUAAUUUUCAACUGCCAAAACAGCCCAAAAAGAGGACAUCUGUUGGCCAGUAGUUUUCCUGUUUUGCUUUUUAUUAUGCCGUUAACUUGCGGGUUAGUAUUGACCAAAAAAUUCCGGAAAUUCGAUAGAAAUGAGAAGACCUAUAUAAUUAUUUAAACGCGAGCUUUUGUUAAACGUGGUUUUGAAUUUUAGUUUUUUACAAAGAAAUAACAGGGACACCCAACGUCAAUUUUCGGAAAAUAUCCGUUCGGAGGACGAUUUGAGACCUAGAAUUUUCGGAACAUUUGUUGUAAAAUUCCUUGCUUUCCUUCCUCUCCUAGGAUUUCCGAACAUCUAAAAAAAUGGUAUAAUUGCCCAUUUUUAAUGGAUUUUUGCCCUAAAAAGGUCACCUAGAAUUUUCGGGAGCCUUUUUUUCGCGGAAAUUUUCGAAAAGGUAAGUUUUAAUCCCUAUAAUUUUGGAUCACUAGACUUUCAGCUAGGAAAUCCGAACAGACGAAACAUGUUUAGGGGAUAAAAAUAUGCCUAUAUCUACCGUUUCCAUGCUAAAAUACGUUUAACAAUGCUAUGUUUAAGUGGUUUUGAACUAUAUUCUCGAUGGGAGCCCCUGAAAUGUAAUAACGGUUUGACGAAAACCAGUGGCGGAUUCAGGGGAGGGGCCAGGGGGGCUCGCCCCCCCUAUUUUUAGACCAAACUGAGACCCAUGAAAGAGCCCGAAUGUGGUCUGAGUUAGGCCUCAUGGGCUAUUGACUCAGAGGCCAUGAAGGCGAGAGGAAUAAUUGUUUUAGUAAAAUCCAACUAGUUGGUAAAAAAUAUCAAGAGAAAACAACUUUAGCUAGAUAAAGCUACACUUUAAUACUUUUUUGCCGCCAAAAAGCCGGCGCUUUGCGCUACUAGUGGACUAUAACAUAUAGCCUAGUAGUAGCUCAACCAAUCAGAGCGCAGUAUUGAUGAUAGACCACUAGUUGGAUUUUACUAAAACAGAUGAACAGAAACCAGUUUUGCUUUAUAGCUUGCUUUUUAGUAGCCUGAAUUUCAUCCGAUUACUUCUAGUCGUUAUUACUCCCUCAGUGAGAGGAGAAAACGACUCGAAGCAAUCGGAUGAAUUUCAGGCUAGCUUUUUAGAAAUAACACAAGACCCUCCGUAUCAAAGUAGUAAGACGCAAGGUAGGUAUUCUACAUUCAUGGAGAAAACGAAACGGAAAAGCCUUAUAAACUUAAGGAUGUAGCCACGUGAAGGCAAAAAACUCGUGCUAUUUUCUCAUUCUUAAUUGGUGCGGAGAGUGCCUUAAUUCCACGUCUAUCUAGCAAGAUAUGGGCAACAAAGUCUGAAAGGAAUUGGAACUUACUGAAGUUUAGUAAGAUAUGGACGUUACCUUUUUCCCUAUUAUGCGUCAACCAACGUAGCCUCCCACGCAGACGUUCUUAGGGGUUCGUCACGCGUUCCUGCCCCACGAACGCGUGACGAACCCUAAGAACGUCUGCGUGGUGGGAGGCUACAAACAACGAUCAUUUCCACCGAUUGUAUUUCAACAUCUUAUUCUCAUUAAGGGUUCCAAGAAAGGUAACGAAAAAUAUUCAGAAUUUCUGAUCCCCACAAAAAAACUCCAAGCAAUAGUCAGAAAUUCUUACCCCCAUAAAGUACUCUAAACAACAUUGACAAAUUUUGACCACCCAGUGAGAGUUAAACUCCGAUCCAUAUAGAAGCAUUCAAAAUUCUUACCCCCUUAAAGACAGAGCUCCAAAAAACUGUUAGAAAUUGUGAUUCCCACAAACGACCCCCGACAAUAUUCAGAAAUUCUAACACUUAAAAACUACAGAAACUGGUUCCCACAGAGAACUUCGAAAAAGUUCAGAAAUUCUGAUCCCUACCAAUGACUUACCCAAACAUUCAAGAACUCUCACUACCAUAAAAACUCGAAAACACAUUCAGACUUUUUGAUCCCAGACCUCCACACAUCAUUCAGAAAUUCAAAUCUCCACAAGGAAUUCCAAAAGACAAUAAGAAGUUUUGAUCCCCACAAAGGACUCUACGACUGAAAGCGUGCAGAAAUUUUGAUCCCCACAAAGAACUCCAAAAAGACAAGUCAGAAAUUCUUACCCCCAGUAAGAACUCCAAAAAAACAUUCAGCAUUCAGAAAGUCUGAUUCUGACAAACAACUCCAAAAAACGUCCAGAAAUUCUCCAUAAAUAACUCUUGAAACCUUCAGGAGUCCUCAGCCCCUAUAAAGAACUUCUUAAAACGUUCUAAAAUUCUGAUUCCCCAAACAUAAUUCCAGAACGUACCAUUCAGAAAUGUCAAAUCCCCACAAAGAACUCCAAACGACAAGCAGAACAUUUGAUCCCUAUUAAGCACUUUCAAACUGAAAACGUGCAGAUAUUUUGAUCCCCACAAGGAACUCACAAACUGAAGACAAUCAGAAAUUAAAUUGUUACCCCCAGAAAGAACUCCAAAACUGACAUUCAGAAAUUCCGAUCCUUAAACAGAACUCCAAAACGUGACAUUCAGAAAUUCAAAUGUGCACAAACUGAACUCCAAAAACGUCCAGAAAUUCUGAUCCCCGCAAAAAACUCCAAAAAACGUCCAGAAAUUCUGAACUCCAUAAAUAAAAAGAACUUAGAAAUCAUUCAGAAAUUCUCGCUCCGAUAAAAGAACUCCAAAAAACCAUUCAGAAAUUCUGAUCAAAAGUCAGUCAAGUGUGAUUUUUUGAUGCAUGACCUCAAAUAUCACAAUUCCAUUCAAAUUUAGCUAGUUUAUUACCAGUUUUUGCAAAGCUAAUAAAAAGAAACUUAGCAUACGAACUAUGAUCAUGCGUUCAUUUCCUUGGGCGCGAAAAAGCUCAGGAAGAAACGCCGCGUUACGCUCAGAGGGAAGGGGGGGGGGCUAUACUCAAAAAUAGGUUUUAUAGGGGGAGGCUCAGCCCCAAGGUUUAACCCCUUAUCCUUUUAUACCGCCAUUUUUGACAGAAAGGUAGCCCUUCGUCUACCAUUUAUUGACAAAUGUUACCCCUUUCACAUACCUACCUAGUUUAGAACUUUGCAUCCUUUUUAACUGCUGUAAAUACAUAGUCUUUGAAAUAUGAAUAAAUCACCAAACCAGAACGUUUUCCGGACUUUUACACAGCUAUUAACGCAUCCGUUAGCCCGGUCUUUGGGGUCUUUUUACAGCCGAAUUGACAGAUUUCCCAAUCCUUUCAUCUACUUCAAAUAGUGGAAUAUCCUUUCAUAAACCUUCAGCCUGAAACAGGCACCCCUUUCGGGCGGAGCCUCCUAGUAUAGGCUAUUAUAAGGCGUACCCCCCGGGUAUUUGACACAUGACACUUUAUCCCACCGACAGCUUUUAAUGACAAUUUCAGUGCUUUUAACUUUUAACAAAUGCAAUUGAUGUUUAUUGGUUUUCUUAAGUGAAUUGUCCACUACAAACACGUAAUUUGUACCGUAAUGGAGAAAAAAAUUUAAUUCGAUAUUCAUCAAUCAAUUAAUACAUUUUUUUUUCUCCACACCGCUCUCUGCUCGCAUUGAGUGUUCUUUGUUUUCAUUUGACGCGGUGGAAAAAAAAAAUUUUGGCCAUACCGCAGAGCAGGCAAUUUGGGAUAACCCUGAAUUGGAAGCAAUCAUCGAUUAUUGUGCAAAACGUGCUGCAUUUUACCCUAAUUUAUUUCUGCUCGCUUCUCUGUGUGUGCUUUAUUCAUUUCUAUUUUCAUUUCUUUGCUGGGUGUAACCAUAUCGUGACCACAAAAAUAUGUGAAAGGUCAGUGAAAUACGAACUGGCGUUUGGGACAGGCCAUCAAAUGAUGAAACCGGAUACACAAAUUUUGCAGUGACCGGUAAAUUUUGAAUGAGUUAAAAACAGUUGCACACUCGAGAGAGUUUACAAGCACAACAAGGCAGAGCGAAGCGUGGCUGUCCACUGAAUACAAUCAACCAAGGUGGUGGCACAAACAGAUUGUACUAUUUAGCGAAGGGAAUUUUUGGAAAACUCCCUUUUCGUUCAGAUAAACAACUACUUGGACUCAAAUUCAGUGUGUUUCCACAGUUGCUGUGUCCGUUGGAGAUUUCAGAGAGUGAGUAGAUUACUUUAUUAUUGCAAGAUUUAAACUAUGUUAACGCUUCUCAAUAUUUUAUAGCUUUUUAAGAUGGUUAGACUGACAACAGUAGUUUAGAAUGGCGAUGGACGGCUUUAAGAGGAAAUGAGUUGUACAGGCUCAGUAGUUCAGCAUUUCGAAUUACUUGCUGUCGUUGACAAUAUUUUAAGUUUCAAAAAACUGAAAUUAAAGAUAGAUGGCUGGGUCAAAUGACAUCAAACGCAUGGCAUUAAUGUUUUCACAGAGUAUUAAACUAGAACAUUACAAAUCUGAUGUGUAUUGAGAAUACUGCCAAUUGUGCACUCGCGAGGAGCUCGCGCGAGAGGGAGAAGUUCUUCUCUAAGAUAUUUUCCAUUAGAUAGGUCGACUACUGUACGCGGGUAGGUUUAAGUUUAAGUAUUCGUAGGCUUUUAUCUCCCCAUAAGGGUAAGUUGAGCAGGCUGUUAUCUUAGUGCGCGCGAAAAACUCCGCGCCGCGUGUCUCGCGCGUUCGCGCGAUUAACAAGGUACGCAGCACAUACCCUUUUUAUAGAUUAACUCCAAAGUACGAUACUGUACGAUAGUGUUCUUGGUUUAAAACCAACACACAGUAAGUGUCUUUCGCUUUUCUCACAAUUAAUAAGUAAUAACUAAAUUAAAUAAGCGAUCUUGUCGCGAUGACGCUUGCAAAUCUAAAAGGACCGUUUUCAUAGACUGAAAGAGGUAUUCAGGUAUACGUAUCUGAAACUUUAUAGGUAGACGCUGCUAUUAAGGGUUUGGUUUUCAAGCAACUAUAGACUAGACUAGACAGGAAAAGGUAUUAAUAUUAACUAGAGAACAUAUCAGCGUUUGGACUGGACAAAGAAAUGGAACCGGACUCUGAGGCUGGCCUACAAUCUUGUAUUUAAACCAAGGACUGAGAGGUUAGGAUUUGUCGAAGGGGGUUUUCGAUUUGACAAAAAAACCGUGACCGUGCUGGGUCUUUGGUGAAGUAAAACGCAAAAUUGGCUACAUCAACGAAUCAACUUUUAUGAAUAAAACGAAACUGUUACGUUUUGUCGGUGCUAGUUGCGCAAUUGGCCCAAUUUUUUUAAACGGGUGCGAGUUUUAGACUGAAUUUUAACUUGGUCAGUUCCACUAGAUAGCAUGCAUUAAACGUACAGCGAAGAUAGACCUGAGGAAAACCGUAGUAGCAUGUAUAUGUUGAGAGCAUGAGGUCUCGCUGAAUGAAUCGUAUGGUCGUGUAUAAAACCGGCAACGGAUGUCAUCCGGCUUUCUUGUGUGCAAAGCUUAAGGUUUAUUUUAAUCGUCAUCAGCAUAUAAUCAGACAGAACCAGGGUAAAUUCUGAUCAGUUUAGUGCCUAAGGUUGCAUUAGUUUUUCCCACAUAGGUGAGAUAUUCUCUUCUUUUUUCUGGGGCGUGUUUGAAGGUAUUUCACACCUUGGUACACGUUUUCCCUUUAAGGGUCGCAUCAGUUUAUCACACCAUCGUUAUUAGACAAACGAUAACUCCCCGCUUCUGCUAACGUAGGGAAAACUGUUUCCUUUUUCUCCUCAGCUACAAAUGGCAGAGAAUGCAAAAAUGUUUUUGAUCGCGUGUAUGGUUGUCGCGUGUUUUCCGUCUGCCUCUUCGACGAACCCCAUGCAGCAAGCUAUAAAGAGCGUCCAUUGUGUGAUAAGGGGCUACACGUUUACAGUUCAGGUAUUGAUUCUCCACUGCCUGUGUUAAUGACUUAUUCUUUUACUUUAAUACAGCGUAAAUGUGUGCUCAUGUUGUCUUUCGUAUGCUUUCUUGAAGCAAUUCUCGUUUCCUGUUUAGAAAUUCUGUCGAGCCAGAAGCCGUUCAUGGAAACGCAUUGUGGUAUUGAUAGCCUGCGUAGCAGGCGCUUGGAAGUUGUGGGGGAAAGAGAGAACGGGCGCGUGCGCGCCCGUUUUUUCUUGUGCCCACCACUUCCAAGCGCCUGCCACGCAGGCUAUGGUAUUGAUAAUCCUUUCACUGUCAACAAAAGUUCAAGUAGUGUCAGCACCAAUAUUAGGUAGAUUUAGAAUCACAUUUCAGUAAGGCAAACGUUAAUUCAAGUUGACGAUUUCUCAAUAUAGAAAAUGAGCAGAUGCAAACUGUGCCGAACUAAUUCUUACGUGGAUUAAACUUGCGUGAACGUGAAACAUCUAAUUUUUGUUGAAGCUAUAAUGAACAGUAUAAAACGACAGAUAAAGGAAACUUGGUCCCGUGGUACAAAUCGAUGUUUGCCGUUUUUUUAAUAUUCUCUCUAUUAUUUUCUAAAAUCUGACUAAAAAACCAAUAGCAUCACGAAAAGUACUGCUGAAGCCGUUUCAAAUGAAAAGUCACACCUUAACGUUGUCUACGGACUCCAUACACUUCUACAUGACUGCUAAAGUCCAAUAGCCCUAAGGAAUGUCUGCGUGUAUUAAAAUAAGAAGCUAUGAUUCCAGGAUUCUUUAAAAUCUGCCCACCACACAUUCCCAGAAUCCUUAUCAACCAGGCCCCAGUUGUUCAUAAGGUGGAAAGCACUAUCCAUCGGAUAAAUCACUAUCCAAUGGAUAAGUAUUAGGGAAACUAAUUGCGCGCUAUCCACUGCUGGAUAGAGAUUGCGCUGUCACCUUUUGAACCGGAGCCAGGCCCGCUUUCCAUAUACAUUAGUCCUUUAUGUCAUGUUGUUCAACAAAACCCGUCACUAAUGAUAAUUAAUUCAAAAAACAUCGGGAAAAGUUUAAAAACGCCGCAUAAAUUGUGUCCCUUCCACACCGUUUCAGUUUAAUUUGAGAACGCAUCUUUUUCUCUUCACGGUUUUGACCAACGGCGGAUACAAUUUUUUUUAUACUUAUCCGGAAAAUUUCAUCUGGAAAGGCAAAGCUGCUAAAAAAAAUCCAGAUUAGCGUUCGGAAAAGUUCCGAUUUCUCUAGUCACAAUUUUAGUCUGAUAUGUAUUUGAAAUCAUGCUUGAAAAAUCGCGAAUCUCUUGUGAAUGGGCCUUUCUGAUUUUUCUCCACCACCUACUGUAUAUUCCACGCUUUUUGGUAUGAAAACUUUCUUAAUCUCUUCUUUUUUUUUCUUGGUUUCCUGUUAGGUCGUAGGGUGUCAGCAGCGCUCAGUGACAGUCAAUACCUGUCUAGGGACCUGCCUGUCAUUUUCGACGCCAACCGGUUUAACCAGAACCAAAUAUUAUCAAGUGAAAUCUUGCACAUGUUGCCAGCCAAUAAGAACCGCGAAAGUUGACGUGGGGCUCUGGUGCCAAGACAACGCCGAUCCUUCCAAAAUGGUGCAGUAUUAUCAUCCCAUCGAGACUGUUACCGAGUGCGCAUGCGCGUCUUGUUGA